AUGGCCGGCCCUGUAAAUCCCUUUGCUGGCCUUGGCCAGAAGGAUGGGCCAGCCGGACCAGCAGGACGUGGACGCGGCGGACCUUCUGGUCGACCUUAUCAAUCCAAAACCGCCAAUCAGCCUCGCGCAUCCAAAAUUCGAGGCCGAGGCCGAGGAGCUUCAUCAGCAACAAGGUCUGGACGGGGGCAAGGAAGGGGCGCUAGCACAGCGAGCAAUACUUGGCGCAAUAGGUCAGAUUCGCCGUCAGGGUCUGUACAACCGACUACCUCGCCUUUCGCACAUAUUCAGCAAACGGCCCCUGUUUCGUCACCCUUUGGCGGCCAGAGCUUGCAGCAGAAGACGUCUUCUACGGGGUUUGGAAAGGCCUCGCCAGUGCCGUUUGCUGUCCCCAAUUUAGAUGGCAGUGGCGUCGGCUUCGGUACGGGUUUCAGCCAAGGGUCCUCCCAGCAGCCGUCAACUUCGAAUAACGGUGCCAGCGUUCCCGUCGAAGAGUUGUCGCAUUUUAGCAGCUAUACCGAGCGCUAUGAACAGCUCAAACUCGAUAGAACGAAGGAACGGGAAAAGGCCAUUAGAGAGGGGCAGAUGGCAGAUCCAAACCAACCGACUUCCUUGAAUCAAGCUAUUACACCCGUGGGCACGUGCACAAGCAUGUGCCCUGAAUUUGAAAGAGUGGAACGUAUAGUCCAGAAGAUGGUCGACAAAAGCGAGAAGAAUAUGGAAAUGAAGAUGCUAAAAAGAUUCAGAAGAUCCGCGGCCGGCUAUGAUGAACAGCUUCCGUCAGACAUUCGAACACCGAAGACUCUCCUCCAGACCAUGAACUACCUCAUACGGCACGUCAUUGAUGGACCCGAGCCUCUUGGGCUUAUCCAUAAAUUCGUAUGGGACCGAACUCGCUCAAUCCGCAAUGAUUUCUCUGUCCAGCAGCUCACGCAGGAGGAACAUGUGAAGAUGGCGGUAACAUGCUUGGAGAGAAUUGCUCGAUUCCACAUCAUAUCACUGCAUCUCCUGUCAAGCCCUGCCAACGAUGAACCUUUUGAUCGCCAUCAGGAACGUGAGCAGCUGAACAACACGAUGUUGUCGCUGAUGUACUAUUACGAUGAUAAUAGAGGCCGGAUCACGUUCCCGAACGAAGACGAGUUCCGGGCCUACUAUAUAAUCUUCUCGAUUCAUGACCAACGGCCUGAUUUGGAAGCUCGUGUUCAGAAAUGGCCUGCGGAGCUGAGGAACUCACCUCGGGUUCAAAUCGCCUUGGAAUUAUUUGCUGCUGCGGGAAAUACAUGGGAGUACCAGGGAACUCUCGAUGCGAAGCGAACAAACGCGAUCGCGCAAGGCUUCUACGCACGGUUUUUCAACAUAAUUGGUUCGCCGGGCGUCUCGUAUCUCACAGCCUGCGUUGCAGAAAUCUACUUCAAUCACAUGCGUCAGACCGCUAUUCGUUCCAUUUGGAAAGGAUACUGUCGCUAUCCUGCAUCCCAACAGCACAAGAACGAAGAGUGGACCCUUGACGAGCUGACGACAGUCCUUUGCUUUGAUGACCAUGAACAGACUAUCAAGUUCUGUGAAGACCAGGGCUUGGAAUUUGCCGAGAACGCCAAUGGAGAUCUUUAUCUUAACUGGGGCGAUCGUCCAAUUGAUACAGUCGCCUUUCAGCCGUCGUCAGAUCACUCGUUCUCGGAGCGGCUUGUUGAGUCAAAACGUGCAGGCAGAACAUUGGCCGCCAUCAUCCUUGGCCUCAACAUCAAAGAAGCUACAAACCUCGGAAUGGUCGACACUACUCACUUGUCCGAGCGCAUAUCUGCAUUGCCCGCGCCUAUGACUACAAGCGAUGAUUCGCUUUUCGUGAGCGACGACGAGCACGUCUCUCAACCGUUUAACUUCCAAGCGGCUGGGCCUUUUUCACAAGAAGAGAGCCCACGCGACUCGCCGAGCUCUGCAUCUAGCCUUCAGAACGCGUUCGUGGGGUUUUCACAGCCAGAAACUUCGAAUCCGCCGGCUUUUGCUUUUGCUCCUCAUCCGACUCCACAGCCCUCACAGCCCUUUGAUACGCAGAAACAGACAUUUUCGUCACUAUUUCCACCUAGGAGCACGGCCAAUACUUCUGGAUCACCUACAAGUGCACCAUCAAAUCCUUUCGCGAAUGCAAUGCCGUCAUCCACCCUGUCGGAAAGUCCCCCAAAAGAGAGCAUUACGGCCUUCACGCCCCCGUCAGCUAAUCAGCAGCCUAAGUCUAUCUUCGCCUCCGCACCGAGCCCUGUUGCAUCACAAGACACAGACAAACCUUCCCUAUUUCCUCCUACCACGCCUUUCAGCUUCCCAAAUUCUGUUAACUCUAAUACGGCCCCGACAUCACCAUUCAGUACCCCUACAGUUUCUUUCUCCCGAGAGACCGACCAAGCGAACGUACCGGCUGCUGGUCAGCCCACACCUAGUGUCUUCAACACAGUCAAGCCGCCAUUCUCGUCAGGGACAUCUAACUCUAUAUUCAGUUUCUCCAACGAAAGCACAAUCUCUGCUGACGUUGUCCCUCAAUCUCAAACAUCUUCUCAGCCUUUCGGGGCCGCAUCACCGCCAUUCAUGACUAUAUCUGCCCCGGUGAAACAAGGUACGUCUUAUGUGGUGUCAUAUUGGUCUCCACCCAUAUCUGACAGCUUCUCAGAGCAAUCAUGCCUUUUCUUCGCCCCGCCGCCACUUGCGCCAUCCGACACCGCGUCCCAAGCUCAACUGGGCAGUCCAUCGCUCGAAGAGAAACAAUCAAUGCCCUCGGAUGACAGUACUGCUGUUCAUUUCACGAAAGAUAUCUCGCCUGGACCGUUAGUUGAAAAAGAGCAUAUAUCACUCCCAAGCAAUAACAUUCCAGUCGAGUCUCUGCACUCAUCGACUGCCCAGGAACCGGAGGCAGUGAAGACUCUUAUUGAUGGAGAGCGUUCAAGCCAGCCAGUCGGGGCAGAAACGAAGCACGAGUCUCUACUUAUUAAGACGCCCGUUGAGGACCCAUCUGAGGAAUCAUCUCCUGGAGCUGCUGAUAGACGGCGGGAAACCGUGUCUAAUGGGCGUAAGCGAGUCCACGAGGAGCCAGAAGAACAAACACUUGUUCAGAGCGGACCCAAAGCGCAGAAACUGCCCAAGGCCGAAAUGCCCACUCCCCAGAAGAAGUCCAUGGCACUUGCUUCUACGAAACCGUUACCAAAGCUUCCAAUUCUGGAACGAAUCGAAUCAAUGACCACCAGAAAACCGGUGGAACCCAAACACGAGGCGCCGAAGUCGGUUCAAGUUGACGAAGAUGAGCUGCUUUUGUCUGCUGCCCGCAUUGCCGCCGAAUCAUUGAGAAGUGGACCCAAGCUCCUCGAUGGGUGGCAUGCAUCCUACGAGCCCCGAAGCUCUUCCUUCAGCCCCGGGGCUAGUUUAUCAUCUUCUGUUGCAAUGUCUAGAAGCCAGUCCCCCCAGUCAUCAUCCUACGUCAAUGGCUAUGAGGUCUCACUAGCCCCAGAUACAGAUCUCGGACUUGGCCGUACGCUGUCUCGAACAGAGCAACGAAUUCGACUGACAGGAGCUAAGGGUCUAGCGUACAAGCCGUUGGAUUUCACUCCUGAGAAGAAACGGAGAUCUCGCUAG